GACAGGAAAUCGUGUUGCGCAUGACUGUAAAUUACGUCAAGUUCAUCUGGAUAACCGUGCUUGGAACUGCAAAAUUAAGAAAAAAAGAGUUGUUAGCCUAACCCUUAUCGUUUCCUUCAGGAUGGAUCCAUCAAUCGACGAAAGCAGGGAUAAUGCCGAAGAGUUUGAGACCGUAGACAGUAUACCGGAGCAGGACGAGGAGGUUACCACCACGUCAUUUUCUGGCGAAACCGUGGAGGCAGACCGUUAUGAGCCUGGAUAUUCUUCACCAGCGAAAACAGCUGGUACUGAAAACACGCAGAAUCUGUUAGAUUUUGAUAACGAACAAUUAGGUCAAAUUUCCCCUUCAGAAUUUGUUCCUAUCAGUAGUAACUCCGAACCCUUGAAACCCUCUGCACCCCCGGCUUUCUCUGGUUUAGACCUCUUGGGUGAAACAUAUGAAAAUAAUCCCACCACUUCAUCUUCUGAAAAGACAACACCAGUAAAAGCUCCUGAAAGGAAAGAGGCAGUUUCAGCACCAGCAGCAGAGAGGUCUUCUCCAUCUCAGUUUGAUGCUUGGUUGAAAAAUGUUGAUCCAAGAGUAGGACAAAAGAAUGAUUGUUCGGAGAAAGACGAGAUACAUGCAGAAAGUGAAGGUAUUACUGAGGUCACUCCAAAUAAGGUUACAUUGUUGGAGCUGAUCUACUGGCGAGAUGUGAAGAAGACAGGGGUGGUGUUUGGAUCCAUGUUAUUCGUCCUUCUCUCACUCUCCUGUUUCUCUGUGCUGAGUGUGUUGGCCUAUCUCUCUCUGGCAGUCCUCACUGUAACACUCAGCUUCAGAAUCUACAAAAAUGUCCUGCAGGCAGUGCAGAAGUCGGGAGAGGGCCAUCCAUUCAAGCAGUUUUUGGAGAUGAAUAUUGACCUGCCCGAGGACAAGGCCAGAGAAGCUGUCGUGAACAUUCUGAAGCACCUUAACUGCACCAUUAGAGAGCUGAGACGACUGUUUCUGGUGGAGGAUUUAGUAGACUCUAUCAAGUUUGGACUUCUCCUGUGGGUUCUGACCUAUGUUGGAUCCUGGUUCAAUGGCAUGACCAUAAUUAUUUUGGAUGUAAUUGCUAUUUUCACUUUGCCGAAAGUCUAUGAAACUUACAAGGUUCAGAUUGAUCACUACGUUGAUCUUGCACGCACACACAGAGAUAAUAUGUGGAAACAGGUGCAGGCAAAGGUUCCCUUUUUGAAGAAAAAGGAGAAGAAACUGUAGAUAUGCUGCUAGGAAUAAUUAAUAAUUUAUCAACAACAUGUAGCUUUUUGUGGACUGUAAUUUAAUCAGUUGUGUGUUGUCACCAGAAACUUGUCCAAUAUUCAUAUGUGCAUUGACUGCAUCAGGCAAGCUACAUAUAUAGUUUUGUUUUUCAAAGUAAUUUGUGAUUAUAGUAUUGUGUAAAUGUAUAACUAUAGCAUGUACAUUGGAAGUUGAAAUAUUCUUGAAGUGUGGAUGAGAUUAGCAGUCCAAUAAAUGCCUCAUUUUCCCCACCUAGACUUUGCAGUUUGUGUUAUAUUAAGUACUAUGUAAAACACAUAUUCAUUAGUUACUCAGAAUGCAUGUAUAUUUUGUUAAAUGGUUUGUGGGGUAAGAUGUUGAAUUGUCCAGUAUUUUGUUUCUCUACAGCUAUCUCCUUAUGAAGUGCUAUUGUUUUGUUAACGUUACUGUUCUGUUUCAACAUUGUACAGUAUGCUUACACCAUUGUAAGUUGUCAGUUGAUGGCUGCAUACAUACAUACAUAUAUAUGUGCCAUAGUGUCGGUUUUUGUAUGUACAUCCUGUAAUUAUUUUUACAACCUAGAAGGGAUUUUUUAAAAAUGUCUCGAAGCAAGCAUGUCCCAUAAUUCAAAUCCAUGGAUGUUACAUAGCCUUUAACAUGCUAAUUUUAGUGACACUUUUUCAAAAGAUCAAAAGCAAUAUUGGAAUUUUUAUGAUCAUUACGAGAAGACAUCACAAGUCCCCGGAAUGUACUUAUGAUAAGUUAUAUGCACCUUUAAUAGGACUCCUGAUCUCAGUUGAAAUGACUGUCAUUCAGUAAUGUUGAACAAAAUGAAGUAUUGAGCCGAUUGUAAGAAGAAUCCAGUUAUUGUGAGCAGUCAUGACAUUCAUUGCAUAAUAUAGAUGAUACCGAAAGAAAAACAUCAGUAGAGUGACUUCCAUGCACGUUUUUAAACAUUACUGUUGUAUAUACAAAGCAAACUUCCACUGCUUGUGUUUGUACAUGGUGGUUAGUAGUCUAAACUAUAUAUUGCAAUUAGGUAUGUGAAAUUACUCAAUAUUUAAUGUGGUAGCAUUGCUUAUGAAAUGCUGUUUAAUAUAGUUCUCUAUUGAUAUACAAAUGUUGAAUUGUGGCUGUGUAUUUCAAGUAAGAUAUAUUGUAGGGAAGAUAUUGCUAUUUAUAUAUAUAGCAAAUAAUUCAUGUCAGGCACAUUUUGAUAUGGUUGUUGUAUGCAUUAGAGAUGCUUAUUUGUAUAUUGAAAAGUUUAUAGAAAAUGUUUUCUUCUAAUUUAAUUGGAAAUCAACUCUUCUUUCAGAAUAAAAUAAAUAUAGCACAUGUGCAGAAUAGAUGUACAUCUCAAAGCUGCAAAUCAUAAAUAUUUUGUUACAAAUGCAUAUUGUUAGUUUGAAUAUUUAGUAAUGCAGUGUACAUUCUAGUCUUUGUUGCUGAAGUUUAUGAUGAGUACCGUAAGGAUUCUUCAAGGUUAUAAAAAAGUAAACAUGUAUGACAUUUAAAUUGGUGUUUAUCACCAGAUUAAAGCAAAGAUUUUUUAUAAUCAUUAUCGUCUGCUGAAUACUUAGUAGUAGUAUAUCUUAUUCUUAUUGUGAUGCAAAACCUUGUGAUGGCUGUACAUAAAAGUUAGUGGCGUUUUGAAGAAGAAACAUUUGAAAUGGAGAAAGAUUUGCAUAUUGUAAAUAGACACAUUUAUAGGUUAUAAAGUUCUGGAAAAUUUGUUACAGAGUCGAAUGUGAAAAUAACAGAUCACGUAACUAGGUCAAUGUAUUGAUAUCACUGUACAUACCAUUGUGGUGUAGAAUUCUGACCUUUAUAUGAUGAGUCUAGAAAAUGUCACUGAUUUAUAUGCUGGUUUAAAAAGUGGAGCAGUUGAAACAUUUUUGAAAUACUAUUCUGUAAUAACCUUUGGCUGGUAGUGAUUAUAGAUUUCCAUUAAUUGAAUUUUGAAUGCAAGUUUGUCCAACUAUUUUUCAUGAAUACUCACAUUUGAUUUGUUGUAGACAUUUGAAAUUAGAUAAUUCGUCUUCUCUCUACAUACCAGCUGUACACCUUGUGUAACUAGCUGUUUCUCUUGCUUUAUGAAGCUGAUGCUUGACUUCUGUACAUUUGUCAACUGUAUAGCUUUAUAUUUGUGACUCUAGAUGUUCUUACAAUAAUAAACUGAAUGUUCAUCAUCAAA